AUUAUUUUGGUGAUUCUCAGUAAGGAGAUAACCAUGGACCCUUCAGAACUUAGGUAUUUGGAGGAUGAGGAUACCCCAACAAUGAAAACAAUCAAGGGUGCCACUACAGGUUUGGUUGCUGGAACUAUUUGGGGGACCGUUGUUGCUACGUGGUAUGAUGUGCCUCGUGUGGAGAGAAGUGUUGCCCUUCCAGGGCUGAUUAGGACACUGAAGAUGAUGGGAAAUUAUGGAAUGACAUUUGCUGCAAUUGGAGGAGUCUACAUUGGUGUUGAGCAGGUUUUGCAGAAUUACAGGAUGAAGAGAGAUUUUGUUAAUGGUGCUGUUGGUGGUUUUGUAGCUGGAGCUACCAUUCUCGGUUUUAAAGGAAGAAGCAUCUCAACAGCAAUUUCUGCUGGAACAGCAUUAGCAGUCACUUCAGCAGCUAUUGAUGCUGGAGGUCAAACAACAAGAACUGACGUAGGGAAAGAGUACUACCCAUACACUACCAAGAAAAGAUCUGCUGCUGAAUCAUAAUUCUAUCAUGCUGCCUGUUCGCCAUUGAGACAGAGAGACACUCCCAACUUAAUUAGUGGGAAAGAAUUGGCCGCUGUAUGCGUUGGUUUCUAGAGAUCUGAUCAUACUCUUGAUUCUCUUUUUGCAAUUGAACUCUUGGAGCAAAAACACACAAUUCAAAUAAAAAAAUAUGCUUUGUAAUUCUCAAAGUUAGGUUUUAUUUUCU